AAAAAGAAGUAAAAGAAAAAAAUUAGCCUCAAGCAAACUGAAAGCAAAGGCCGAAGAGAGAAUGGUUUUGAUGAUACUUGAUUUCUCUCUCACACACUCACAUUAUUGAUGAGUCUUGUUUUUUCUCCACAAACUCUCUCUCUCUCCACAGCUUUGAGUUUGAGUCCUCUGUUUCAUGUUUUAAAAACUCUAACUAAACCCGAAGAAAGGUUUUCAGGCAUGGAGUCGGUUUUCUCAGGUUGUAUACUUGAUCCUGAAAAAUGUAGCCGGCUAAGCUUGGGAGAGAAAAGAGAGCUAGUCCAUGAGAUUGCCCAAUGGCCAAAAGAUGCCCCGGAGAUGCUUCAAUCCUUUACCCGCCCGGAGCUUCUUGAAAUCAUCUGUGCUGAAAUGGGAAAAGAGAGGAAGUACACAGGAUACACAAAAUCUCAAAUGAUAGGACACCUUCUAAAGUUAGUUUCCCAGAAUUCAAAGAGGAGCGAUUCUGAUAAUUCUCCUGCCUUUUCUCCAGCUCAUAUUGGACAUAAAAGGAGAAGGAACAUAGGGCCCCCGUCUCGACAAUUGACUGACCUGAAUCAUGUUCCUCUGGAGAACAAUGAAGAAGAACAUGCUAAAAUCCUGCUCUGUCAGAAUGUUGCGUGUAAAGCUACUUUGAAUCCAGAGGAUGCUUUUUGCAAGAGAUGUUCUUGCUGCAUCUGUCAUCAUUAUGAUGAUAACAAGGAUCCUAGUCUGUGGUUGACCUGUGGCUCUGAUGCUCCUUAUGACCUGUGUGGAUUGUCAUGCCAUUUGGAAUGUGCUUUGAAGCAUGAAAGAGCUGGUAUUAUGAAGAAUGGAUGUCAUACAAAGUUGGAUGGAAGCUUCUAUUGUGUUUCUUGCAAAAAAAUCAAUGGGCUAAUGAGAACUUGGAGAAAACAAAUGUUAAUUGCCAAGGAAGCCAGAAGAGUGGAUGUACUGUGCCUACGAUUAUCUUUGGCUUACAAGAUUCUCAUGGGAACAACACUAUACAAAGAAGUUCAGAAGACAGUGGAAAAUGCAGUGAAUAUACUGAACGAUGAAGUGGGACCUCUGGAUCAGGUAUGCACAAGUAUGGCACGAAGCAUUGUCAACAGACUCUCCUGUGGUUCUAAGGUUCAGAAGUUGUGUGCUUCUGCACUAGAAUCUUUUGAUUCAAUAUUUUACCCUGAUUAUGAGGAAAAGAAACAUCCAACUGCAGCUUGUCAAAUCCAAUUUGAAAAGUCCACAUCUACCUCAGUGACCAUUGUGCUAGAAUAUGAAGAUCAUCUGCUGAAAAACUUCCUAGGCUGCAGGCUGUGGCAUCGCGAGUCUGUCAUGAAGGAUUAUCCAGACCAACCCACUUUCAUUGUAUUUAGGCCACAGAAGAUUUUCCAUAUACUCUAUCUUCAACCUUCAACUGAAUAUUUCUGCAAGGUUUCUUUGUUUAGCAGCACUGAGAUAUUGAGUAUUUCAGAAGCUAAAUGGGUGACAUCUCCAUCAGGUGGAACCUUUUUCAGAGCUUUAGAUAAUGGAAAGGCAGAACAUGCAAUAAUAGCUCAAAAUCAUCCUCAGGUGGAGUCAACAAAGUCUAGUAACAAGUUACCAAACCAAGCAAACCACACUGCAAAGCUUCAGCCAUUGUAUGACUUCAACAAGAGCCAGUGUGACGGGUAUCAUUUGCUGCCUCCUUUCGUUGAAGCCGCAUCUUCAGUAAGCCCCAAAGCGGUUUCUCCUUCCACACCUUGUAAACCUAGUGGAAUGGGGGCAGUUCCGGUAAUGGGUUGUAAAAGACCUGAGGAGAGUGAUUAUGAACACUCUGUGCGAGUGGUCAAAUGGUUAGAGCAUGAAGGGCACAUGGAUGAAGAUUUUAGAGUAAAAUUUCUGUCUUGGUUCAGCCUCAGGGCUACAGAGCAAGAGAGAAACGUGGUUAAUGUCUUUGUGCAUGUUUUGCUUGAUGACCCUCCAAGUUUAGCUGGACAGCUUAUACAUACCUUCAUGGACAAGAUAUCAAGCGAACAAAAGCCAGUUUCUAGGCAUGGGCUUUGCUUCAGGUUAUGGCACUAAAUGUUGAAUAGGGGAUUAUUAUUAGUUACAUGAGAUUUAGGAGUAACCAAGAUAUGUAGGUUUUUAUUGGCAAAACAUGAUAUAGAUUUGGCUUUGAUUUA